AUGACUUGGGCUUCAAUUUUUAUUAUUUUAACAGUUAUCAUAGUCUUUUUAUCGUAUUGUGUAUUGAAGAUAAAUAAACAGUAUUGGUGGAAAUUGAAUAUUGUCGGGCCAAAUCCACAUUUUCUGUUUGGUAACUACAAAGAUGUUAUUUUGAGGCGUAUCACAUCAUUCGAACUGCAAGAAGAUCUUUAUAAUUCUUAUCCAAAAGAGAAAGUUGUCGGUUUAUACCGCUUUAAUACACCCAUCCUGCUUCUGAGGGACUUGGAUAUAAUCCAGCAUGUGUUCAUAAGUAAUUUUGAUAGUUUUGUCAACCGCGGUAUGGAGUUUGGUGACAAAUUCGCCACCAAUUUAGCAAGCAGCAAUGAUGAAACGUGGAGGAUUCUUCGCGCACAAUUUUCACCAUUAUUCACUUCCGGCAAAUUGAAAAACAUGCUGUAUCUGGUGGAAAGAUGCGGAAACAAAAUGCUUGAACAACUUGAUACUGAAAUAUCAAUGAAUUGCGAUAUUCAAAAAAUAACUAAUAGUUUCACUAUGCAAGCUAUCAGCUCCUGUGCAUUCGGCAUAGACAUGAAUGAACCUGACAAACGUUUAACGAGAAUCUGCAAAUUGAUUUUCAGAAACUACUAUGCUUUAGAACUGUUUUAUAUAUGCCCUAAUUUAAUAAAAAAACUGUGCUUAGACACUAUGCCCAGUGAAGUCACUAACUAUUUUUGUAACUUGGUAAGUUUUGUCAAGGAGCAGCGCAAUGGCAAACCAUUCAAUAGGAAAGAUUUUAUGGAUUUACUUCUGGAGAUGAAAAAUUUAAGCGAGCUUAAAAGUGGACAAAAACAUAAGGAUAAAUAUGGUAAACUGAAAGUUUUACGGAUUACAGAUGAUUUGAUUGCAGCGCAAGCGAUGAUAUUCUUUGCCGCAGGAUUUGAAAGUACUGCAAAUACUCUCUCUUAUCUACUUUAUGAAAUUGCAAAGCAUCAAGAUAUUCAAGAAAAAUUGUUGAAAGAGAUAAACCAGACUCUUGAUAAUAACAAGGGGCAGCUGAGCUUCGAUACCUUGAAGCAGCUGUCAUAUAUGAACCAAGUGUAUCAUGAAACUCUUCGGUUGUAUCCUGUUAUUGAUCUUCAACGAAAAGUUUCUACUUCGUUUUGCCAAAUUCCAGGUGUGGAUAUCACUUUAAAGAGAGAUGAUUAUGUAUCGGUACCCGUACGGGGUAUACAUUAUGAUGAAAAAUAUUAUCCCGAUCCUCACAGAUUCGACCCUGACAGAUUUUUACCAGAAAAUAUAAAAUCUAGGCAUCCUUGCGCUUACAUGCCUUUUGGUCUUGGUCCGAGACAUUGCAUUGGUGCGCAGUUUGGUAAGAUCCAAAUGCAAAUUUUUCUCGUAAAAUUUUUAGCUUGUUAUAAAGUGGAACCAGCUGUUGAUGCCAAGAAGUUUACAUACGAUCCAAUGAAAGUAACUCUGUCAACAAAGGACGGUGUAUAUCUCAAUAUUAUAAGACGAAAUGCGCGUAUUACAAAUACAAAUGAAUAA